AUGAAAGUGAUCAAACACUGCGCUUCACGCUUCCCCACCGUCGCAACUGGCUCUCUCGUCGGCAUGGACAAAGAAGAUGGCACCCUUGAGAUCACCAACACAUUCCCCUUCCCCGUCGUUGACCUGCCACCCGAGGCGCAAUUCGACAAUCAACCGCAACACUUCAACGCCGCCGCUUCAGCGCCCCGAGCCAAGGCAAACACCGCAUAUCAAGCAGAAAUGAUUCGCAUGCUCCGAGAGGUCAAUGUCGACGCAAACAACGUGGGCUGGUACACGAGCGCCAACCUGGGCAACUUCGUCAACUCGAACUUCAUUGAAAAUCAGUACUUUUACCAGAAAGAGUUGAACGAGAAGACCGUCGCGCUUGUGCAUGAUGUCAGCCGCUCGUCGCAAGGCAUUCUCAGCAUUCGCGCCUACAGACUGUCGCCUCAUUUCAUGACCGCGUAUAAGGAGAACAAGUUUACCACGGAGAACCUCCUGAAAUCCGGCCUCAAAUACUCUGACAUCCUGGUGGAACUGCCCAUCACAGUCCACAACUCGCACCUCGUCAACACCUUCCUGCACCAAAUCCCGCGCAUGCUCGCAAACGGAGCCAUGAAACCUCCUUCCUCCGUUGACGAGAUCGAAAACAACCCCAUCAUCAAGAACGACAGUCUAGCUCCCUCGUUCGAGUCCCUCUCGAUCUCCAUCGACCCGUUCCUCUCUCAGACCUGUGACAACCUUCUUGACAGCAUCGAGACCCACCACGUCGAAGCUAACAAUUUCUCGUACUAUUCUCGAGCGUUGGCCAGAGAGCAAGCCAAGAUCCAGCAGUGGCAGCAGAAGAGAAAGGCAGAAAACGCGGCACGGGCGUUGUCAAAACAGCCACCUUUGCCCGAGGACGAGUGGCAGAGAUUGUUCAAGCUGCCUACGGAGCCGAGUCGCUUGGAGAGUAUGUUGAACAGCCGACAGGUGGAGCAGUACGCGAGACAAGUGGAUGGAUUUGUUGCCGGCACAACGGGUAAGAUGUUUGCUGUCCGAGGAAAUCUGUUGCCUGGUGAAACUUCGGAGAGCAGUUCUGCGAGGAAUGAAUGA